GUUAAGACCUUUGUCCCGCGCAUGCGCGUAUUUGUUUCUGCGCAUCAGAGUUAGCUCGAGUCUGUACGGAAUUCUAUCCUAUAUCGAAACUCGAAAGGGGACUGUGGGCAAGUAAUUGAGCGCCCUCUAAUGUGCAAGGUGACGCCUACGUUAUUUACCAGCGUUUUGGAAAUUAAGCCACUCCAGCUUAUAAACAAGUUUGGAACGUUAUGUAAUGGAUUACAACAGAACAUUUAUUGUUCGGCUUUCUUGUCUUCAUCCUGUAGCCACCUGAGUAGGAAGAAAAAAGUGAAUGCUUAUGAAGAGGUUAACCAGGAAAAAUAUGCAAAUUUAGUUCGCACGGUGACUUCUUCCAGAGUGAGCCACCAGACACCCGAUAGCUUAUUUCGAGAAGACAGUUUCUUAUAUGGCAAAGUUGUAAAAUCUAAGCUUGAAUCACAAGUAACUGAAGAGAAGCUUCCCCAGAGUUUUUUUCCACUGACUAACCUAAACAAAUUAAAUGUGCCAGUAGAUAAGGCAGAGCCUAACAUCCCAAUAAAGAUCAGCUUACCAGGAAGGAGUCAAAUGACAAAUGGAAAAGUGCCCAGUGUCACUCGUAUCCUUCAGCAGACAAUGCCAAUGGAGCAGGCAUUUUAUCUGGAGAGAUGGAAACAAAGGAUGAUCAUGGAACUAGGAGAGAAAGGAUUCAUAGAAUAUACUGCAGCUCUAUUCUCACAGGGAAAGCUGUUUCAUGCAACGUUGGAGGACUUGCUUUUGUCACAGGAUUACACUGAAAGUAAACAUGAAGAGUCUGAGCAGCUCUCGGGAUACCUAGCCAGCGUCCAGCAUGUUCUGGCUGAUGUUGUUGGAGUCAGGACACUUGAAAGCGCAGUUCAUCAUUCAGCCUUACAAUACUUAGGCCUUGUAGACUGCGUAGCAAAAUACAGAGACAAGUUGUGUGUGAUAGACUGGAAAACCUCAGAAAAACCAAAGCCAUAUUUACGGGACACAUUUGACAAUCCACUACAGGUGGCAGCAUAUGUAGGCGCAGUAAAUCAUGAUGAGAAUUAUAACUUUCAAGUUGAUUGCGGCCUGAUUGUGGUAGCUUACAAAGAUGGCUCCCCUGCCCAUUCACAUUUUAUGGACUCAAACCUGUGUUUGCACUACUGGAAGAAGUGGCUGUUACGCUUGGAGGAAUAUAACGAGAAAAAGGAAGAAAAGCAAUAACAAAAGUUACUAAUUAAGCAGUGGUAAUGGCCCAUCUCCAAUUCAUUCAGAUUUUGUUACAUGUCUAUGAGGCACCAUGCAGAUUUCUUCGUGUGGUACAAAUUUAAUAAUUAUGGAUUAUUUAAAGGGACACUGAACCCAAUUUUUUUUUCUUUCUUUCAUGAUUCAGAUAGAGCAUGCAAUUUUAGGCAACUUUCUAAUUUACUCCUAUUAUCAAUGUUUCUUCGUUCGCUUGCUAACUUUAUUUGAAAAAGAAGGUAUCUAAGCUAAGGAACCAGCCAAUUGUUUAUUGGUGGGUGAAUUCAUGCACCAAUCAGCAAGAACAACCUAGGCAUCUAAACUUACAUUCUUGUUUUUUUAAAUAAAGAUACCAAGAGAAUGAAGAAAAUUUGUUAAUAGCAGUAAAUUAGAAAG